CGGAGACAACAGAUUCCAGUUUAUUGUUUGUGUUUGGCAGCUUUUUUAAAUAAUUUAUUUUUUAUAUGAGUGAUGAAAGGUGGCAGUUUAAUUGACUAGAUCUGGCUUCCUACUUUGAGAGUAGAUAUUUAAGUCCAUUGGAGGAAAAAUUCAUAGAUAACAUAAACAUCGAUUUAAAGAAAUUUAUACAAAGUGGUACAAAGAAAAGUGUGUUGAUUUUUCCACCAUUUAACAGUUUCCACAGGUUUCUAGCCCAUAAAUGCACAGAGGAAUAUAAGGAAUUGAAAAGUUUUUCCAUUGGACAAGGAAUACUCAGGAGACUUGUUAUUUGUGACCAGAAAGAUUUUAUCGGUGAAUCAUCAAACUCUGGUAUCUGUAUGUCAAACCCCAAACCUUCAGUGGGUAGGGGCAGGGCAAGGGGAAGAGUAAAGCAGGAUGGAGAUAGUCCAGGAAUAUCACCAGUAGGUGUAAGACAGUCAGGGAUACCAGGUUCUGAACAUCAUAUCAAAAAACCAGAUCAACUCCCUUCUGACUUAGCUGCAGAUGACCUUGAUCAAAACAGAAUAAGAAAAAAUCAGAGGUCAAGAGGUAGGGGGAAAAAGCCAGAAGUUCAACUUUAUAUUCCAAGAGGAAGGAGAUCUCAAGAUAGUAGUAAUGGCAAUUCACAAUCACAAGAAAGUCAAUGUCUUGAGAGCAAUUCUACUGAAUGUGACCAAUAUACAAUACCUGAGCUAAAAAAACAACAGGGUGAUACUACAGACUCACAUAAAAAGACUGAUGAUAUGGAGAAAAACUUGACCAGUUCAGAUAUCAAACCGGUGCAAACUAAACCAAGAAAAAGUAGAACAGCUCAGGUUUACAUGCCUCCAGGGAGGAGGAGGGAGCAAGAGAAGGGUCAGUCAUUGAGUCAGAGUUCAGAGGGAGGCUCUGAUGGGGAUCAUUGGGAUGUUGACAAUACAGAUACAACGGUAAGAUCUCAGAGCAAGGAAAAAUAUAUCAGGUCCGAUGAAUUUGGGGAAAGGUCACAUGGAAUUGAUUUGAGUUCUGAAGUGAAAUGUUUGGAUGUGGACAAUUCUACAGUAUGUAUGUCAGCUCAAAAGAUAAAAACAUAUGAAGAACAAGGAACAGAUAUUAAUCAAGAAAAAUCUCCCAGGGAAGAUCAGAGAAUAGAAUUUGAUAAUUCAGUAACAUUCCAUUCAAAUGAUCAUCAAAAUGUAAAAGAAUGUUCCACCAUAAAUAAUGAUACACAUAAUAUAGACACUAAAGUAGAUAAAUGUUGCAAGAAUGAGGAGGAACUAGCUAAAGAUAUCCCUUCAUCCAAAAAUGAGAACACAACAUUAAAUGUAUGUAAAAAUUCUGAACAUUUGAACACUGAUAUUUUGCUCCAACUACAAACAAAUGACAAUGUACAUAUAUGUGAGAAUCUAGAUCAAUUAGAACAAGGUACGGGAGAUGUGAGUACAAAAGUUCAUGAUAAAUUAGAUACUGUGUCAUCAAAUCCUGUAAGGGAACAAAUAGGAAGUGGUAAUCAAUCAUGCAUGAACAAUCUGACAAAUAUAUCAGAUUCUAUAGAAAACAGUGAACGUCUAAAGCAUUCCAACAAUCAUGACAAUUCAGGGAAAGUUAUAAAUAGUGACCUUUCUGAUGAUCUCAUGACCUCUGAUGCUGCAGUGGAACAACAUGAACAAAGUGAUAAUGUAACUGUUAAGGAUAAAGGUUAUAAUAAUACAGAAAGAAACACAAAGGAUGGUUCAGAAGUCAGUCUUACUGGAGAAAUUAACAAUACAAUCUGUGAUGAUUCCAAGACACCAUUUGAUAAAAAUGUAAAAACUACUACAUCAGAUUCUGAUAAUGACAAAUCAGAUUUAAACAUGGUGAACACAGAAGAGUUACAGCAAAAUAUGGCUUCGUCAGUACCUUUUACCUCAGAUUUGUCUCGUAUCAAUAACGAUUUACCAGAUUAUACUGAGGAUGACACGCUGAAGCUAGGAAACUCUUCAUCAACAUCACAAAAUUCCUCAUUAGAUUUAUCUAAAAACAUACAUGAAGUUCUUAACAUUGAAAAUGUGAAAUCAGAUGACACUAUUUUGUCUUCAGGAAGCAACAGAACAGAAGAGUGUAUUUCAAUGUCACAUGAUUCAGGUGCUAUUACAUUAGAGUCACAUCCCGUACAAUCUGGUGAAGCAACAGACUCACAAGAUAAAACAGAACUGGAUGCCUGUUUAAAAAAAGAGUCAUCAGACCUGAGAAGUGAAAACGAUGAAAGCAGUUUACAAUCUAAUUCAAAUGAUGAAAGUAAUCAUUCCAAACAUAAAGUGUCUGAAUCUGGGGAAAAUGAAAAUUCUGAUUUAGGUUCAUAUAAGGAUUCAGCAUGUUCAGUACAUACAACAAAAAAGUCAACAGAUGUAAAAAGUAAUGCAUCAGAAAAACCUGUAAAAGGUGAAAACAGCAGCACUAACACAGAAAAAGGAAUUAAGAAUUCCUCCAAAGUCGUUGUCCGUAAUGAUAAACUAGCAGCAUUUGGAUGGGAAUUGUACACUGACAAGACAAAUGAAUCAACUGCAGAAAAAGAAAGGGCAGAAAGUGAAGAAAAGGAUAAGAAGAAGUCAGGGAAAAAGAAAACUGGAAAAGGAAAAAAUAAAUUGAAAAAGAAACAGGACAGUGCUGCUGAGUCAAGGGAGAUAAAUGAACAAGAAUCAGAAACAGUUGUAUCAGAGAAAAAGCCAAUUCAGUCUGAAGAGGAUGAGUCAUGGGAUACAAUGUUUGAUGAUGAUGGGGAGAGUCUAGAUCCUAAUACUUUAGAAGAGUUAAGUAGUAAUGUUGGUAAAGUGAAAGUAAAGAAGCCUGUCAUAAACUACCUCAAUUAUCAACCAAAGGAACCAGAAUUAGAUUAUGAAGGUAUGAAUCAUGUGAUAGAGAUAUAUGACUUCUCAUCGGAAAUGAAAACCGAAGAUCUCCUCUCAGCUUUUAGCAUGUUCAAAUCAAAAGGAUUUGAUAUUAAAUGGGUAGAUGAUACUCAUGCUUUAGGAGUGUUUUCCAGUGUUAUAGCAGCAAAUGAAGCAUUACAGUUUACACAUCCUUUACUAAAAGUGGGACCUUUAUCUCAAGCCUGCAGAGAAUCUAAAGUUAAAGCAAAGAGAGCUGUUGAAUUUUUGCAACCCUACAAGGAGAGACCAGAGACUACAGCUGUAGUAGCCAGGAGAAUGUUAACUGGAGCACUUGGCUUAAAGACUAAAGUAUCUAAAGAACAGAGAGAUAAGGAGACGGAAGAGAAAAGAAAAUUAAAACAAGCUAAAGAUAAGAAGAAGAAGGAACGUAAACAGAAAGAUGAUAUAUGGGAAGGAAAUGUUACCUCAGAAUGAAACACUUGACCUUAUUGACCAUCUUUGAAUUUAUAUUUUUUUUAAAUGUUUAAUGGACCAACUUUUGUCAAUUGUUUUAAUUUAGGCAGUCAAGAAUUGGUUCAAUUCAUGCCAGGUGUAAGUCCUUCUUCUGUCAGUUAUUGGAGCAAUAAAUGAAAAAAGGAAUGUUACACAGAUUUUACAACUGUUUGAAGGAGACAGGAUUAAAAGACCAAGAAAUUGUAAAUAUAUAAGACUGUGUUAUUAAAAGUAUUUGUUAAUAUGUGUUUUUUUUAUCAAAAUACAAAAAAAAUAGGAAGAAGAAAUGGUGUGUUUCUUUGUAUGUUUAGGUCUGUGAUUGAAUUUCCAGACAUUGUUUGUAAUAAAAUUGUGUACAUUUUGAAUUUGGACUUUUAUAGCUAUUAAAGUUGAAUUUUAAUAAAUUUAUGGGACAUGUUAUUUAACUCAUGAAAUGAUACAAGAUGCACAAAGAGAAAUUAUGUAGUAUUUAAAGAAAAUCUACUGUUUUAAUAUAUAUCUUUUAAAGCAUUUUAAUUCAUUUUACUGUGAUCAAAUUGUAAAAUAUUUUUUCUAUGCUUAUUCAUGGAUAACUUGUGGAUAUUAAAUAUUUGUCAAGCAAGUAUGAGAGUCAGCAUAGAGUAUAUUUUUUUAUUUCAAUUUCAUAAUUAUUUAUAAAUGUGUUUAGUUGUCUUAAAUAUGUCAAAUAAUUUUGUUCAUAAAUUACAUAUUCUAAUUAUUCAUGAAUAUUGAAAUACUUUGAUAUAUCUACUGUUCAUCAUGUGCAUUCACAUAACUGGUGACUUUGUGGGGGCCAAUAGAAAAGUACAUUUUUUUAAGAUAAAGUUAAAAAAAGGUUGUUUACUUUGGUAACCAGGCAUUUGAUCAAAUGUUUAGAUUUAAUUGAUUUUAAUGAAUUGUCCAUAGUUCCUUAAUAUCAAAAGUUUUUAACUUUGCUGCACUUCUCUUGUCAGAUUAUGUUGUUAUUUUCCAUGAACUUCUCUUUAUAGAGAAUCAAAAAAAAUAGUUUUCACAACAUUUUCAGCCAGUCAAAAAGUAGAUGAAAUAUUGAACUUACAGAAUUUGUGUGCAUAGCUAUUUUAUGAAUUUAUUUAACACUAAACUAUAUCUUACUAUUCUACCCCAUGCUUAUGUUUAGAAGAAUUAGAUGAUACAUUAGACCAAGAUGUUUUUGUUUUAGACUAUUGACCUUUGCUUUUAACCAGAUUUUGUUCAAAUUUUGUAUGAACUUUCGAUUAAUAGCACAUUGCUGAGAAUGUUCUUAAUAUUUAUAAAUCAAACUAGAAUGGAGAUAAUUUUCUGGUUUUAACCUGAAUUCCUACUGUUCAAUGAUUAAUAGGACCACAUUUACGUAACUCAUUUUAGUGUUGAAUGAGUCACAUUAUUUGUCAAUUUGCAAGUUUUAACAUAGUUUACAUAUUAUAAGUAAUUAAAUUAUAUAAUGAUCUAUUGAGUUAAAGGAUUCUUUUAUCAGAAUGUGAAAAUUUUUUGACUUUUUUAUGAAAUAGUAGCAGUUGAUUAUCAGUUACAUGUAUCUUAUUUUAUUUAUGAAUUUACAUCAGUUGAUAAUUAGAUGCAUGUUUUUAAUAUAACCAGUGCAUUGACCUCAUGACUGUCAUAUUAUAUAUACUAAAACCUUGGGUUAUUUGCAAAACUGGAAAUUUUUGUGAAACUACAUUGUUAUUUUAUUAAAGCAUUAUUUUUAUAAUGUACAUGCAGUCUUAUGAUAUGUUACAGAGUUUUAAAGUUCCAUACUUAAUGUCACUUAUUUUCCUGGAGAACAUAUACAAACACAAACGUGCAUUUAACAUUACAUCUAUAAACCUUUUAUAAUUUUUUUUUGGCUUGAAGGAAAUUACAACAAUGGUUAUAUGACUAUUAUAACUGUCAGUGAACAAAAUAUCUACUUACAUUAUGAAUUAUAACACCAAUUAAUUUUGAAAACCUAGAUCUUGUUAUACUCAAAAAUUCUGCUGUAUAUUUAAUUAUUUUUAUUCAUUUGACCAAACAUUAAAGAAUGCAUUUUCUUGCAAAGACUAAAUUUCCUGAAAAAUCUUAAAUCAUACUGAAAAGAUAUUCCACAGCAAUGAAAUAUAGUAACUUUAAUGCAUAAAAAAUUACUAGCUUUGACAUAUUUCAAAAUCUUUAAAACUAUUUUUCAAAUAUUUUACAUAGGAUUUUUUUUCAUUGUUGGUCAAACAUAUUGGGGUUUUGAUAUUCAGUAUCACUUUGCAUCAUACAAAAAAGUGCCAGAAAAAAUAUUUAUCAAGUUUUGAACUAUUCUGUAUAAUUUAAAAUCAAAUCAGUCAUUACAUUUUUGGGAUAGAACAGUACGUCAGUAAAAUACAACAAAGAAUCAAGUACUAUGUAAUUUUUGAUAUCCUCAAUCCAAAGGCAGGGAUAACCGUUGGUUUACAGUACAUUUGUCUGUCCAUUACACAUGACCGACAACACUCAGCAACUUUAAGUCAUAGCUUCUUGACAUAUGACACCAAGCUUCAUCUUCUUAUGCCAUACUGUUUGUUUUCAUUUGCAUUACUGACCAAUUUCCUGUUUACUGAAUACUUAUAGCGGAGGCAUCAUUAGUAAGGAAUAGGUCACAGUACAUCUUGUUUUUUAUCAUAGUUUUACAAGAUAUUUACAUGUACUUACUAUGUGUACAAUUGCCAAUAUGUAAUAAUGUAUCUUAUAAUCAAUGCCAAAAAAGUGCUUGUAAUAUUGUUUUUAUUCGUUUUAAUGUAGUUAUGUCAAAAUAAUAAAUUUAAACAAAUGCUCUCA